AUGCUUCUGUUGUCGCAGUCUUCACUUUUUCUCCAGUCGGCUGCACAGUGCCUGCUGCUGUUGCUGCUGCUGCUUGAACAGGAGCCCGUGGGCAGUGGCCGCAUAUUGGAUCCAGCGGCGCCGCUGGUACUUAGAUGUAUUGAUCGAUGGACGGCGGAUGUCCUGAGUCACUUCUCCCAAGUUUCUGCAGACUGUGCGGAGGAGAUGCCCAUGCCAGUGCACAUGCCUUCAGACAGGUAUUUGGAUGGCCUCGACGAAGAGACUCGAGCAGCAGUCAUCCGAAAGUACGUUCCGCAGGAACAAUUUGGAGGAACAGCCGUCAUCUCAACACCGGCUGAAUGUGUGGAUCUGAUGAAGAAGUGGGAGGAGGUAUUUACUGGUCCCGAGUUUCAGUGCAGGCGGAAAGCGCUUUGGGACCGGCGGGACUUGUCCUUCCCUGCGCGAAUGAGAGAAACAAGGACGAUGGUGGCGGAGAGCCUCUCGAAGGUGCUCGAGCCAAUGGGGUUUGCUCCUGGAAAGCCCGGAGCUUUUGCAGCUACCGAAGUGACUGCUGCCCUGGACGCUGGAGAGAUGUAUUGGCUGUUGGUAAGGUAUAUUGGUCCACCGACAAAGCUUGCGCCGACAAGGACUCUGGACGGCAAUGAGGACGAUGAUAACGAAUUCGUAUGGAGCCCAGAGAUUGAGGAGCUCGAGCUAAAAGGCUCGCACCUCCUUUCUCUUUUCGAUGGCUUGGAUUCCAGGACGACGGAGGUCAUCGUCAGCGCACCGAAUUUUGGGCAGGCAAAGUCCUUGCUGCUGGCAGCCUGCCAGGCUGCAGGUGCCCCAACUUUCUGCCCGGAAGAGGUGGAUGCUACAGCAGUCCGUGUGGUCGCCGAUUCCUUGAAGAGCCACAUUGGCAGAGAGGUCUGCGGCCACCGGGCGUCAGUGUCCGAGGAGCUGGGCUGUUUGAUGCUCACAUUGCGAGAUUGUCGCCGCCCGUUUGAUGAGCAGUUCAGUUCCGAGCUGGCUGGCUUGAUCGAAGAAUCCCUUUCGAGCGUGUCUUCCUUGCCCACGCUUGGCUUAGACUCAUCGAAGCCAGCAGUGAGCGCAGCAGCACGGAGGGAGGCCUAUGCAAGCCUAGGACUUGCAGCUGGUGCAGCUGGGACCGUGGUGACAGGAGGCAGUGCACUGGUGGCUGUCGGCUUCGCAGCAGCAGCCGCAAGCCUUGGCGCGCAUGCUGCGAUGGGGCAGACAGACCCGACAAGCCCAGCAGUGGGCUGCGCCUUUGGUCGGGGAACUUCUAGAGACUUGCGAGUCACCAGCGCUGCGGCGAUGCUGCGAGAGUUGUUGAAGACUGGGGUGGACCUGUCUUUGGUAGAUGAGCUCACGGACGAGGAACGUGUCUUAGGUGGACAUUUAGCAGCUGUCAGGGUGAGAGAAGCGCAAGUUGUCGCUUCCGAAGACGACACACCUCCCACCUUGAUGGCCCCGCUUGGCUUGCUCGUGAACAACGACAACCCGCUACUCACGUCCAUGAUUCUUGCAGCAAUGGCAUUGAUCACCGAUUCCAUAGCCGGAGCUGGUGAGAUCAAUGGCUAUGUGCUUCGGUCGGCCCUGGACCUCGAGGAGCUUGCGGAUGUGAGCCUGGCAGACUUAGAACACCGUGUGCUUCACAAACUUGGGUUUGCUUUGAUUAUGCCCGAUGCCUCUUCAGCAGCCUUGCAGCAAGUAGGUUUGGCAGGCGUCAGCAAUGCAAUUGCUGCUUGCUUCACGAACCCGGUCGAUGUGGUGAAGGUCCGCAUGCAGUUGGCGGGCGUCUCCCAGAUCACGAGCUGCAAUGCCCAGACGGUGCUGGGCGCCGGCCGAAAACUCUGGCAACAGGAGGGCCCCACUGGCUUGCAGCGAGGACUGCGACCGUCAAUUCUGCGAGAGCUGUCCUACAGUGGCAUGCGGAUGGGCCUUUACGAGCCCGUCCGUGAGACGCUGGCAAGUAGAGGAGGCCAACAGGAGAAGAGGCAAACAACUUCGCCGCUGGUGGUCAAGAUCCUGGCUGGGGCAAUCACAGGUGCCAUCGGCUCUGUGAUUGCAAAUCCCUUCGACCUGCUCAAGGUACGAAUGCAAGGAGGAGGCGCACAUGAAACUCGGGCUUCUGUGACCGAAGAGUUUACCAGCAUCGUGCAGGGCGGAGGACUCCGCGGGCUCUGGCGUGGAGCCGGCCCCACUGUGCAAAGAGCAACCUUGCUCACGGCCUCCCAGGUACCCAGCUAUGACCAUGCCAAGCACACUCUUCUCGAUUUAGGCCUAGUGCGUGAGGGCUCCUUGUCUGCAAUGCUUGGCGCGGCUUUGGGAAGUCAUGGUGCAAAUAUGGACAUGGCCUCCAAGACGAGGGUUGUGGCAGCGGCAGUCACAAGCCCCGUCGACUUGGCAAAGAGUCGGAUCAUGUCGCAGCCCCUGGACCCGGAGACACGGCGUGGCGCGCUGUACACAAACACCUUGGACUGUUGGAGGUAUCCCCAAGAUAACGAGACGGAAACAGAGCUCAACCGACGAGGAUUGGCGCUGCAGCUCUUUGCCUUCAGCCGCUUCUCAGACGGGUUGCCUAGUGCCCCCAAGCUCCAGUCCCUCCGCUUCGGCCGCGCGGGCACUGUGGGCGACAUUUUUCUGGCCUCGGCAUCGCUCCCCGAUCCCAUCGCAAAAGACGCCACGUUGCGGCUCACUCUGGUGGUCUUAGGGGAUUUGACGGCAAAACUCGGAUCUCGGCUCUCGCAGAGCCUUCUGCAAGACUUCGCGGAGGAGAACGUGACUUCGAUCCAGGUCUUGCACCCAGAACAACACACGGAGCCGUCCCCGGGAAAGACCACCUGGCAUUUCCAUACUCUGGAUUCCUCAUUGGAGUCUGUGGUCGACUGGCUCGCAGAUGAUGUCGCACGGGCUUUGCCUAACUUCCCCCCUUGGCUGUGUGUGCUGCGCUUCGAUCAGGAAAAGGCGAGGAACAAGCUCAACAUUGGUCAUGUCGAAGUAGGCACCCCUCGUCCGCCUCCUGAGCCACCGGCGAGUGCACGUGGGCGCCCGAAGUCGUUUGCUCGCCGGCUUCUUCAUCAGUUCCAAGGACUUGCAAGCGCGGCUACGGGCACGCCGCGAGCAAAAUCCGAGGAUACUAGGGUCAAGAAGUCAGUGAGCGAAAACGACGGAGAUGCUGUCCGUGGUCAACCUGCGAAGUGGCUGGGCCGAGGCCCAUCCCCGGAAACGGAGUAUUUUGCAUUGACAGCCUUCAUGUACGAAGGGCCUGAGGGCUGCGCAAAGGAGCCGCUUCCAGCCAAGACAUCGGAGCCAGUCCUUGAAGCUGCCAAAUGUUUACUGACGCCAAAAUUGAAGGGCGCUGGCUGGACUCUGCUGGAGCUAGGUCCGGAGAGCUGGUUCCGGCACUCAUCUCAGGAUUGCCACUUCUGUCUCGCCCUGACUGUGGGGUCAAGCAGAUCGCACAUCCUGGUGCCUUUGAAUGCCGUUCACGAAGGCACAACGAAAGAGUUGAACUCGUUAGACAGCGCAUCGCUAAAUCAGAUUUGUGCCAGCGUUCGUCGGAAGUUGGAUGCGGAAGCUACGGCUGCAGCAGCAUCACUUCAGCCGGGUCCACAGCCUGCGGAGUUCGUGAAACUGGAGUACGGCGCAGGAGCAAUUGACGCUGCCCUGUUCUGUGGUGAUGCGCUGGCAAAGCGCCAGCGGCCAGACGGAGUCUCUUGGGACG